GCACAAACCCUCUGUGGCCCAAGGCCUGCACAAGUGCAGUGGUGCUAACAGCUAGCGUUAGCUAUCAGGCAAAACCGGGCAGCUGGCUGGGCUGCUAGCUAGUUAGCAUUAGCUCGUCAACAGCAGAGGGAAAUGCCGGUUGGAAAGUCACAACUAGCUCUCGGCCACAUUAUGCUACUGUAACGGGAGGAAACAAACAGUCCGCGUGUAAAUAGCCAAAAACAAUUCUAGUGGUUAUUAUUAAGGUAUAGCUGAAUAACAAGCUUCGAAAAAGAUAUUUCCUAAAGCUAGAAAGUGCUAGGCUAGCAGGCUAAGGGAGUGAAUAGCCUGCUGGCUGGCGAGGCAACUGACUGACAACGCCUUGAAAAAACCUCCUACAAACACUGUGAUAGAGCAGUAGGAUGGCACCGCGGUUGUGUUACUUGUUCCCAGCUCUUCCCCACAUAUAAAACACUCAGCGGUAGUUCCAAACCUACGACGAUUUGUGGUUAAAUAACACGAUUACCUCUCAGCGUUGUUGGGACGUCAAUAUGGCGAUGCUUGGGAUCAAGAGCUUAGUGCGAAUAGCCUUUCCUGCAGAGGGCGCUCUCCUUUUUCUUUUUCAUGGGGGAGAUUGUAACUCCCUCUGCCACCAACAGGUCUGAAACUUUUGUCUGCCUGAGUCUGUAUGUGUUUUCAGUCACAACUGGCCUGUUUCGUUAGUUAUUUAACUUCUUUUCCACAAGCAACAUGCACGUUUUACCACCACAUGUCUUCAGCUCGUUGAGGGCAGAUGUUGGCCAACAUCAUUUCACAUUUUAUAUAACAGGAGGAGUACAGCAGGCACACAUGUGAGUUUGCAAUUCAAAUACUCACCUGGUUACUACACAUACGUCCAUUCAGGAUAUUUCUACCGAGAGACAUUUCUAUACACUAAUGUUCACUAUGGCCUGGUUUUAAAAAGGUCUUUGUUAGGGCAAAAUAUAGGGCUCACCGGUACAAUGGACAAUGGGUGAAAUAGUGACAGAAAACAAUACAUGUUCUGUGGCAUCAUUUAAAAGGAUAGAAAAAAGCCUGGGGCAUUUUCCUGAAGUAACCAACCACCUGUUAUCAAUACCUAAUAGAGAGAAAGACUGAUCCUUUAUCUGCGUUUGGAUGUUGAGAACAUCUGCUUUCAUCUUGAAUUGAUAUAAUGAAUAGGCCCUUGUAAACCUAUCCUGUAGCUCCAUUGUUGCUCCUCUGCCUGCACAGUGUAUUAAACACAGAGAAAUAGUCUUUGACUGCAACUCAAUCUGGUCAAAAUCUGUAAUUAAGUUGGGCAAGAGCUAUUUAAGGUGGAACAAUCAGGAUAAAGCAGCAGUACAUAAACUGCAUACUAGCUGCACUCUUGCUGACAAACAGUGGAGACAGCCGGGGACCAAACUCAACAAUGAAGCUCUUCACAUGUUGUCUACUUCUUCCAUUUGCUGUGGUGGUAACGGCCCCAAUCAGAGCUCAAAGAGAAAACCUCCUCCUAAAUGAUGCACUUGGCACAACUACUGAAAAGACCAUACCUGCAACUACAAUAGAUGCAUUCAAAGACCCUGACAGCCAAGAUAUCAUGAUUACUAAAGUUGUGGAGAAAGAUCAGGCACCAUCAAGGAGGAAAACAGGAGUAGAGAAAGUCAACAUGGGUCUGAUGGAUGUGAGCAGCAGGCUGGUUCGGGACCAGGGGAGCAGAAAGCUUCUAAACGGUACGGAAGGGAUGACGGCAGAUUCUCAGGUGGCUGAAAAUCUGUCAGGAAAACAAGUUAUCGGUUUAAACGGCGACCACGUUUCUGACAGCGGCAGUCUAGGCACCAAUCUCCAAAGAAGGGCAACACCGGGAAGAGUUAAUGGUAUGCCGGCCCCUGGUCCGAGCAGAAAACAGCUGGAUUGGGAUAGUUUGGAGGAAAACAAUGGCAACCCUGCUCCAGUGGGCAACAGAGGAUAUACAGACCAUGAUGAAACCAGAGAAUUUAUAAGUGCUGAAAUGUAUCCAACAGGUGCUGUUGCACCUCCAGAGCACAUGCCCAGUAGCUUGUCUGUUCCAGCCAAGAGCCGAGCCGCCUGAUGAUCAUACAGAGAUUCUAUUCCUUCCUCAUAAUGAUUCAGGGGCCGCCAUCUGUUGAGUCAUGUGAGGCAGGCAGGCUGCUUCCAAAUACAGUUGCUUCAGGGACUUUUUCAUCCAAAUUUAGAUUCUUACAUGUAUUUUUUUGUUAUGUGAUCAUGUGAACAACUUUGAGAAAUAAAGAGGUUUUGACAA